AUGUAUUACACGCUUUCCAUGGACCAAUUUUCUUCUCGUUACAGCGGCACUUAUUCUGAGGUUUCGUUCUGUGGACUUGACACCACUAAACAACCAGCUGCCCAGCCAACUGCUACAUCACCAUCGCAGCAAACAUCAACGUCGAUGGUGCCCACUACCACUACAGCUCCAGCUACCGUAUCCCUUAAAACCACGACUGGUCCCAGCACUGAGAGCUCACAACCUUCAACGACUGCUUGGGAAGAAAUGACAACUGUUACGGACCUGAGUGAUAGCACUGAACCGAUGGGAACGAUGCCUACCGAAACGAUGCCUCCACCUGCUGAAGAAACAACAGCUAGGAUGGAAACGACCGCACAGACCGAGGAACCCAUUGACGAUACUACAGAAAUGAGUGAUAGCACGGACUCGAUGAGUACAAUGCCAGCUGAACCUAGUACUGUGAUAGAUGAUGAACCUACAACAGCACAAGCAGCGGAAGAAACCACGGAGCCUGUAGAGAAUCCCGAAACCACUGACAUGCCGGAGGGAACUACUGAUUCAGGAAUGAGUGAGAGUGUGGCGACCAGAGACAUGUCGGAAGGAACCACUAGCAUGCCGAUCAUCGAAACUACAGGCUUCAGCGACGGAAUGGUAGAAACAACCGAGAUGGAAACAGCAGAGAGCUCGAUGAUCACCGACUGGGAGGGAGAAACUAGUGCCAUGAUGGAAACCACCACUGGACGCACAACAUGUGAUGACUGCCCUGAGCUGAAUGUUUAUCUGUAUAACGAGAAUCCCUAUGAGGAUGGAGCCUCUGUAUUGAAUCGCUAUACCCGAUCAGGCUGCAAAUAUGUGCAGUUCUUCUGUCGGCCGUACCAGAUGACAGAUUACCGACCAGUACAAACGGUAUUCAACAACGAUGUCUCGAACACGGAAUUGCCACCAUAUGUUGAGAUGUCGUGCAAAAACGGUCAAUGGUGGUACGAGAACGUCGCCGUCACAUCACUAUCGUGCAUCUACGAGCCUCCACCAACAACAACAACGGCUAUGGUGAACUACCUGGGCACCAGGAGAUCCAAACAGACCAUGUAUGAAGUGCACUCAACCUCUCUACGUAAAACCUCAGAAUGGUACUACCGAAGGCGCAGCUUAUGUCGACUAUCGUGUGGAAGAGUGCCUUUCUGCGGAGAUCUACUGUCAGCCAACAAAGGUAAGCUUAAAUUACACGAACAGGACUACACUAUGAGCUUGGUCAUAAGCAGGCGUUUUGUGGAAAUCUAUGAGAAUGGCGUCUCAGUGGGCAUCACUGGGCCAUCGUUGAAUCGGACAUUCACCUGCAACGACGAAGCGCAAUGGGUACAACUGGACACUCCAAUUGUAGUUGACAACGUCUCAUGUGUGAUGGAAAAGGGUGCGCUGCCUUCCACGCUCACGACCAUGUUCACAACCCGUGGCGAUGGGAUGCUGUCCACGACCCCUUGGGACUGGUCAACGACGUCUGAAUAUGGUGGAGAAGAGACCGAAACUACCACUGAAAGUAGCAGGACAACUCCUGGCGAGGGAAUGCCAUCGACAACCCCUUGGGAUUGGUCAACGACGUCUGAAUAUGGUGGAGAAGAGACCGAAUCUACCACAGGAAGUAGCAGGUCCACCAUACCAGUAGAAGAGCCUUCGACAACGGAGAUGAUGACUGACAACAGCGAAGAGUACCCUGAAAGUACAACACCAGUUGGGACAGAUAUGUCCACGGCACCUCCUUUUACCCCUUCGAUACCGGUUACCCCUUCUGUACCGGUGUCAGAGACAACGACAGCUAUACCUCAAAGUACUGAACCGACCACAGACAUGGAGAUCACAACUGAUAACUGGAUGACUGACACGGAAAGUACAGUAGCCCAGAGCACGGUACCCAUAGAAACCACUUCAAAUAGUGGUGUCAUGACAACACAACAGGAAACAACUACAGAAAGUGAAAUGGAGACUGAAACUCCUUUGGUAGAGGCCAGCACAACGAUCUCUGAGUUCACUGAAGGUAGUACUGGCCCAAGCUCAAUGACUACCCCGAUGGAACCUGAAGUGAGCACUUCACGGGCAGCCACUGUUGAAAACCCUGUUUCCACUACCACUUCUGGUUCAUCCACAGGAGGAAAUUCAGUGAACCCACCGAUAAUCACACCAGUAGUUGGAGAGAGCACCACCACUACUCACUACUCUCCCUGUUACUACGGAAGUUACAGCUGA